AUGGGGACAGCCAAAGCUUUGCUCCUGGCGCCGGUGAAGGGGUUUGCCGACGGAGAUGGCGCAGAGCGGGGCUCUGGGGCGGUGAUGGGGUUGCACAUGCAGUCCAUAUCAAGGAUGACGCCCGGUGCUGGGGAUGCGGUUCGGAACGGGCUGCGAGAUGCCUCGCCAUCCGCCCUGGAGCAGCGGUACCUCUUUGACAUCUCCAGCCUGCCCGAGGCAGAGGAGGUGACUGGCGCAGAGCUGCGGAUCCUGCGCUCGCUCCCGGAGAACCAGAGCCUGGCCCAGUCCCCCGAGGGCACCUUCCACCACCUGCUGCUCGCCACCUGCCCCAGCCGGGACGGCGAGCAGCCCCGGCUGCUGGGCUCCCGGGCUGCGGACGUUUCGGACGCGGGCUCCUCCAGAUGGGAGGUGUUCGAUGUCUGGGAGGCCCUGCGGGCUCAGAGGCAGAGCUCUCUCUCGGGAAAGCCGCUGUGCUUCCAGCUGAGGAUGGUGUCGGAUCGGUCGGGGCAGCUGCUGCCGCCCCGGCAGCUGGGCUUCGGCAAACCGCGGCCGCAGCCCCACGAGCGCGCCCUGCUCGUGGCCUUCUCCCGCACCCAGAGGAAGGAGAACCUCUUCAAGGAGAUCCGGGAUAAGAUCAAGGCCCUGGGCAGCCCCCCCUUCCUGGAGCCCCCCGACCCCGGGCAGGAGGCGUAUCCCAAGCGGAGGAAGAGGAGGACCACCAUCGCCGCCCGCUCCGGGGGCAGAGGCCACGGCAAGAAGGCGAAGACCCGCUGCAGCAGGAAGCCCCUGCACGUGAACUUCAAGGAGCUGGGCUGGGAUGACUGGAUAAUCGCCCCCCUGGAUUACGAGGCCUAUCACUGCGAGGGGGUCUGCGACUUCCCGCUGCGCUCCCACCUGGAGCCCACCAACCACGCCAUCAUCCAGACCCUGAUGAACUCCAUGGACCCCGAGUCCACCCCCCCGAGCUGCUGCGUGCCCUCCAAGCUCAGCCCCAUCAGCAUCCUCUACAUAGACUCUGGCAACAAUGUGGUUUACAAACAGUACGAGGACAUGGUCGUGGAGACGUGUGGCUGCAGGUAGCAAUUUCUGCAGCUCUCCCUGCCCCUCCUGGCCUU